ACCCGCUGAGUCGCACAUCAACCGCGCGCGAGUCGACCGCCUCCGACGCCGCUUACUUCCGCGUUCAGACGCUUUCGCCCCGUAAACAUUAACGUUAAAUGUUAUUGAAUCAAUUAACAGCAAUUCAUUUGGAUACGUGAGAUGACCAGCGACUAAGAUUACUUGAUUCCCAUUAUGGCUUCUUCAAAAUAUGGACACUACUUGGCAGUUUUGUUAACAAUAACACAGUUCGCGUCGUACUACUGUGAUCCAGAGGUCUAUUAUGAGAAACAGCGAUACGAUGGCUGGUUCAACAAUAGAGCUUACCCCGACUGGGGUUCUGUUGGUAGCCGCCUCACGAGGAAGACGCCAGCGUCAUAUGCUGACGGUGUUUAUAUGAUGGCAGGAGUAGAUCGCCCUGGUGCCAGAACAUUAUCAAAGUUGUUCAUGAGAGGGCAGGAUGGAUUGCCGUCUCUAGUUAACAGAACUGCUUUACUUGCCUUCUUUGGUCAGAUAGUAACUGGCGAGAUAGUGAUGGCGUCUGAAUCAGGGUGCCCUAUAGAGCAACAUCGUAUACCAGUUGAAAAAUGUGAUCAUAUGUAUGACCCUGAUUGCCAAGGAGCAAUGUACAUGCCCUUCCAUAGGGCAGCGUAUGACAGAUCAACUGGACAAAGCCCCAACAGCCCUAGAGAACAGAUAAAUCAAAUUACGUCCUGGAUCGACGGUAGCUUCGUGUACAGCACCAGUGAAGCCUGGGUGAAUGCUAUGAGGUCAUUUCAGAAUGGGAGCCUUGCGAGUGAAGGUGGUAUGCCAUUACGUAAUAAGAAGCGAGUGCCUCUAUUCAAUAAUCCCGUACCUCACUACAUGAGAAUGCUCAGCGCUGAAAGACUUUUCUUGUUAGGAGAUCCGCGCACGAAUCAAAAUCCAGCAAUGGUAACGUUUGGCAUCCUGUUGAUGAGGUGGCACAACGUCGUAGCAGCUCGCAUUCACAAACAACACCCUGACUGGAGUGACGAACAGCUGUUCUUGCGAGCAAGACGAAUAGUUAUAGCCAGUUUGCAGAAUAUAAUCCUCUACGAAUACGUGCCAGCAUUUCUAGGAGUAUCAAUUCCUUCAUAUACCGGGUACAAAGCCGAAGUAGCCCCUGGAAUAACCCACGCCUUCGCAGUGGCUGCUUUUCGCUUUGGCCAUACCCUCGUACCGCCAGCUAUAUUACUAAGGAACAGAAACUGCAAAUAUGGUAGAGCACCCGGUGGCCAUGAUGCCAUUAGAUUAUGUCAAACCUGGUGGGAUGGUAAUGAUGUUAUGUCCCAAGUGCCAAUAGAGGAGGUACUGAUGGGCAUGGCCUCGCAGUUAUCGGAACGUGAGGAUGCUCUCCUGUGUUCAGAUGUACGGGAUAAUCUAUUUGGACCAAUGGAAUUUUCUCGGAGAGAUCUUGGUGCAUUAAAUAUAAUGAGAGGUCGUGAUAAUGGUCUGCCAGAUUACAACACUGCCAGGCAGUACUUUGGUCUUCCAAAAAUAAGAACGUUCAAUGAAAUAAACCCUCAGCUUUUCGAAAAUAAUCCAGAUCUUCUUCAAAAACUAAUUCAAAUAUAUGAAGGAAGACUUGACAACAUCGAUGUUUAUAUUGGUGGAAUGUUGGAAUCGACAGGACAUCCGGGGGAACUAUUUAGAGCUAUUAUCACUGAUCAAUUCACAAGAAUACGAGAUGCGGAUAGAUUUUGGUUUGAAAACGAAGCCAAUGGAAUUUUUACAGCAGAUGAAAUCAAGGAACUUCGUCGCAUCACUUUGUGGGAUAUAAUAGUCAAUAGUACUGCAGUAGGACCGAAUGACAUCCAGAGAGAUGUUUUCCAUUGGAAAGAUGGAGACCCAUGUCGACAACCCUAUCAAUUGAAUGCCUCCAAAUUACCUCCUUGCAAAUAUCUCAAAGGCUAUGAUUACUUUGAGGGCAACGAAUUUGCAUAUAUCUACACAUGUUUGAUUCUUGUUUUUGUACCAAUACUGUGUGCCGGUGCUGGAUAUGGUGUUGUGAAGCUUCAAAAUAGUCGUCGUCGUCGGCUCAAAAUACAACAAGAACAUUUAAAGAACGGUGGUGAACAGAAAGGCUCAGUCGAUAAAAUGGUUUGUCGCGAGUGGGUUCAUGCUUCGCACAAAAGACUUGUCAAACUUCGGCUGGGACCAGAAUCUGCUCUUCAUGUAACCGAUCGUAAAGGCGACAAACUACGCACUUUGUCAUUGGAGCACACUGAUCAACUAACUGUUUUGGAAAGCCAGGAAAGCAGAACUAACAAGAGGCCUUUAGUUUUAAUAAGAGUACCACGCGAGCACGACCUUGUACUAGAAAUGGAUUCAGUAGCUUCAAGGCGUAAAUUUUUAGUGAAACUAGAUACAUUUUUGUCUCAGCAUAAAAAAGCUUUAAAUCUUACUCAGGGUCAUCGAGAUCAAAUUUUAUCAUCAGCCGAAACGAGAGAGAGACGACAACGUAAGUUAGAACAUUUCUUCCGUGAAGCUUAUGCUAUUACAUUUGGUUUAAAACCCGGAGAAAAGCGAAGAAGAAACGAAGAUUCUGAUCCAGAGUCUAUAGUUAUGAGAACAUCGUUAUCAAAGAGUGAAUUCGCUAGUGCACUUGGAAUGAAAGCGGAUGCAGUUUUUGUAAAAAAAAUGUUUAACAUAGUAGAUAAGGAUGGCGACGGAAGAAUUUCAUUUCAAGAAUUUCUCGAUACUGUCGUCUUAUUUUCUCGUGGAGCAACUGAUGAUAAACUUAGAAUUAUAUUCGAUAUGUGUGAUAACGAUCGUAACGGUGUUAUUGAUAAGGAAGAGCUGAGUGAGAUGCUGCGUUCUUUAGUUGAGAUAGCAAGAACGACAUCCUUAAAAGACGAACAUGUCACUGAACUCAUAGAUGGAAUGUUUUCUGAUGCUGGACUACAACAUAAAGAUCACCUAACGUAUUCAGAUUUUAAAGUUAUGAUGAAAGAAUAUAAGGGAGAGUUUGUUGCUAUUGGGUUAGACUGUAAAGGCGCUAAACAGAACUUUUUGGAUACCUCAACCAAUGUAGCAAGAAUGACUAGUUUUCAUAUUGAACCACCGAUGGAUCAAACUAGACACUGGUUCCUUUUAAAAUGGGAUUACUUAACAACAUUUUUGGAAGAAAACAGACAAAACAUAUUUUACCUUUUUGUAUUUUACGUGGUCACGAUUGGAUUAUUUGUGGAACGAUUUGCUCAUUACUCCUUUAUGUCUGAGCAUUUGGACUUAAGACACAUAAUGGGUGUCGGUAUUGCUAUCACACGAGGAUCUGCAGCAUCAUUAUCUUUCUGCUACAGUUUGCUGUUAUUGACGAUGUCAAGAAAUUUAUUAACGAAAUUAAAGGAAUUCAGUAUUCAGCAAUACAUUCCUUUGGAUUCAAGUAUUCAAUUUCACAAGAUUGUGGCCUGCACAGCACUUUUCUUUUCUCUACUUCAUACAGCUGGGCAUCUGGUAAACUUCUAUCACGUAUCCACACAACCAGUUGAAAACUUAAGAUGUUUGACUAAAGAGGUUCACUUCACUUCUGAUUUUAGACCUGGUAUUACUUACUGGGUGUUCCAAACAGUCACUGGUAUAUCGGGAGUUCUUUUAUUUAUAAUAAUGUGCAUUAUAUUCGUGUUUGCCCAUCCUGUGAUCCGCAAGAGGGCCUAUCCUUGGUUCUGGCGCGCUCACUCACUGCAUGUUGCACUAUACGCAUUGUGUCUUGUACAUGGACUGGCGAGGCUAACUGGUGCUCCUCGCUUCUGGAUAUUCUUCCUUGGACCAGCAAUUGUUUACACUUUGGACAAAGUGGUAUCAUUGCGUACGAAAUAUCUGGCUUUGGAUGUGCUAGAGACUGAGAUGUUGCCAUCAGAUGUCAUCAAAAUAAAAUUCUAUAGGCCGCCGAAUCUAAAAUAUCUAUCAGGACAAUGGGUACGGUUGGCAUGUACAGCUUUUAAAAAGGAAGAAUUUCAUUCAUUCACCUUAACAUCUUCACCUCAUGAAAAUUUCUUAUCAUGCCAUAUAAAAGCACAAGGACCAUGGACUUGGAAGCUCAGAAAUUAUUUUGACCCCUGCAAUUAUAAUCCCGAAACUCAACCUAAAAUAAGAAUCCAGGGACCAUUUGGAGGUGGUAACCAGGAUUGGUAUAAAUUUGAAGUAGCAGUGAUGGUUGGAGGCGGAAUCGGAGUGACACCUUACGCUUCCAUAUUAAAUGAUUUGGUUUUCGGAACUUCCACUAACCGGUACUCCGGUGUCGCGUGUAAGAAAGUAUACUUCCUUUGGAUAUGUCCGUCACACAAACACUUUGAAUGGUUUAUUGAUGUCCUUCGUGAUGUCGAGCGCAAGGACGUCACAAAUGUUCUCGAGAUACAUAUUUUCAUUACACAAUUCUUCCACAAAUUCGACCUGCGAACUACAAUGCUUUACAUCUGUGAAAAUCAUUUUCAAAGAUUGUCACGGACGUCUAUGUUCACUGGAUUAAAAGCGAUCAACCAUUUCGGUCGACCCGACAUGUCAUCGUUUCUUAAAUUUGUUCAAAAGAAGCACAGUUACGUAUCUAAAAUCGGUGUAUUUUCCUGUGGACCUCGCCCGCUCACCAAAUCUAUCAUGUCAGCAUGCGAACAAGUCAACAGAACAAGACGACUACCGUAUUUCAUACACCACUUCGAGAAUUUUGGAUAAAAAUAAUAUAGUAAAACUAAUAUAUUAUAUAAAUAAUAUUUGUAGCAAUCUUAGAUGCCCUUUAUUGAUAAUCUGUGGAAAGGUUAGGACUAAUUCCUGUAUGCCUAUCGCAAGGUUGCAUCGUCACAUAGAUACGAAAAGUCUCCCAUUUCUCAGUCAAUAACCAACUUGAUAACUAUAAUGUGAGAAGUAUUUUUUAUGAAAAAUUAAAAACGUUUCGUAUGUAGUGUGCGUACAAACUUAUGGUAAACGUACUACGUAUUUGUAACAUAAAAUGUUUUGUAUUUGUCAAUAACGAAACACUACCUGCCUGUCGAUUUUAAGUCAUCGUUUGAGAUGUAAUUAUUAAAAAGUCGUUAGCAAUUUAUAUGCUUUCUUUGCUUUUCUUUUUUAAUAUUAAUUAAUAUUCGUGUCAUAAAUUUAAGUUAUCCGAUCGUUUCGGUUCAGAUUUGUCUUCUUUAAGUCAUUAGUGCUUUCAAGUUUUUAAGUG